UGGCAGUAAACCUCCAUUCAACCGUUUAAAGCUUGAACAUUAUGCGUUUAAAUGGUCUUUGUUUUGGGAGGAUAUCAGCCUCCCCGUCCUCUUAUUUGAAAACUAAAGCACAAAAUGUAUGACAGGUAUGUUAGUUUUCCCUUCCACUUUUAUUUUCCGUUACUGGAGGCGUCCUUUGUGAUUUAAAAAACAGCUUUAGGUCUGUUAGAUGGUGUUAGCUUAGUGUCAACACCAGCGUCUAUCCGUCUCCUUUGUGCCAGCAGAGCCUCGAACAUGCAAUAACUAACACACAGACUGUGUCUUUUUUAUAUGUAUUUAUGCAUGUGACAGUUAAAUGAAUGAUAAUUUAUUUACAUAAGUCAACAGUUGAGAUGGAAGAAAACCAGUAUACUUCAUUGACGGUUCCCUCGGAUUAUUUUCAGCAGUGGUGAGUUGGUGUUGGAGGAGGUGGCAGGAGGUCCUGAAAUACUUCACUUUCUAUCCCCUCGACGUCUUCAUUUCCAUGCAUGAGAGGGGGAAAACAUCUGAUAUCACUCAUGUUUAUAUAUAUCUGGAUGUCUGGGGUUGUAGAAAGUCAGAGUGUCAGGUCAUUAAGGAUUAAAACUGGUCAAAAUGUGACUGUAUCUUGAAUCAGAAGGUUUAAUUUACUGAUUAUUCUGCAUUGUGUUUAGUAUAAUAAGAAUAUUUUAUAAAUGUUGACAUUUUACACGAUCAAGCAGCUAUAAAACUGUCAAACAACUCCUGCAGAGACAUGAAUCAGCUCUCUAUAGAAGAGAUCAAUUUCUUCAUUCCACUCUUGUUGGCUUCACCUAACAAUAAGAGAAAGACAAAGCUGAUGUUAGAACAUGUUUGUAAAUGAGAAGUCAAUCAGGGAGCUUAUUGUAUCAUGCACUGGAUGAAAUGCCGAGAAUGCAAACAGGUGUAUGUCCGUGCAUGUGUGUCUGUAAGUCUUGUUAAGUUCGCUUCACCAACUUCUCCACGCACCUCAUUGAACACCAGCUUUCUGUGUCCUGAGGUCUUCACCUUUUUCCUCCUCUUCUCUCUAACCGUCUUUUCCCCCCCUUAGGUACCAGUCCAGCCAGCAGCACCCACAGGCGCAGCAUGGCUUGCCCUAUCACAACUCGGGGUAUCACGCAGAAGGUCCCAGAGACGAGCCUGUCAUGACCGAGCUGUCCGUCCACCGUGAGCAGCCUCAUUACCAGGAACCUGUUUAUCAGAACUUCUCCUCUGUGCAAAACCACUACCGGGAACCUGUUUAUCAGAACUACACCCCCCCUGUACAAAACCACUACCAGGAGCAGAGCUACCAGUAUAACAUCAGGGAGCAGCAGCAGCAGCAGCAUCCUGCACAGCUGCACCAUCAGCAGCAGCAGCAGCAACAUUUGACACAGCAGCAAGAGCCAAAUGUUCAGCACCAACCUCAGCCUGCUGCUCCACCUCAAGGUAUGACAGAGACACUUCAUCAGGUCUCAGUCCAGUCCAGACCAGUCUAACCCCAUGUCCUACUGUCAUCAUACUGUCUGUCACACUUCCUUUCUUUCUGUUUUAGUCGUCACGCCCGUGAAGAAGAAGAGAGGCCGACCUCCAAAGCAUCAGCAGCAGUCAGAGGAAGGAAAGACUCAGGAGGAGGAAGACGAGGCCGAAGCUGCUAAAAAAGCAAAGAGGGCUUUGAACCGCUUUAACGGCAUGUCUGUGGCUGAGGUUAUGGCCAAAACUCUGCCGGACGUCAUAACCUACAACCUGGACAUCCUCAUCGUGAGUCAUUUACCAUGUUCACAUGAAGAGUUUGUAGAUUUUUAAAUACCAGCUCGGUGCUUUGUGAAGCAGUUCUUUCUAAUAGAUUCACACCUAGCCUUUGUCUCCAUGUUGUAUGGUUUCAGACACACAAAUCGAUGUCUGUUGCCAUGGUAACACCUUCAUGUUUUUCCUCAGAUUGGAAUUAACCCAGGACUUUUGUCAGCCUUCAAAGGACACCAUUACCCAAACCCAGGAAACCAUUUCUGUAUGUUGAAAUUCUGUUUCAUUAUUGAUCAGAGGGAACAAAAAAACUGCUUAUUUUUAUGAUUUUUCUCUAUCAUGACAAACUCUUUUCCUCCUGCCUAGAUUAGUUCAAACUUAAAAUGUCAAUUUUUUUAAAAAAUGUACAAAAUUCUGCAUUUAUGAGUGUCAUUUCGUAUGUGUUCAUGCAGCCAUAAAAAUGGUGUCUUGGGUCUGAACGGAUCAGUUAAACCAGCCAUUUGUUGUACUGCCCUUAAAAAAACAGCAACAAAGAGACUACAGGAGAUACAAUAUGUGACGCUGUUGUUCUAUGUCUACAAGUUUUUUUAAGGGUCAUCAGAGGGAAAUAAAAGUCAUAAAAGUGGUCAGUGGGAAGUUUAGGCUUUUAAAAUGAGGACUUGAUGAGAUGAGGAUGGCUUUAUUCCUCCUUUACAUUGAUUUAAUUCUUGGUUCUCAUUAUUGUUUGUGCAGCUUCAGCAGGAUCUAUUUUUUAAAAGUGUAUUUUUCAUCUCUGUAGCUCAGGUCAAACAAAAUCUCACCUCCUCUUUGUUUUUUUCAGGGAAAUGUCUGUUUCUCGCUGGUUUCACUGAAGAGCAGCUAAAUUACAUGCACGAUCAGAGCCUGCCAGAGAAAUACAGCAUUGGCUUCACCAACAUGGUGGAGAGGACCACACCUGGCAGCAAGGACCUCUCCAGGUGAAGAACAUCGAUCUAGACUGUUGUUUGAACUGAGAACAGAGUCUUCUUAGUUAACGCUCAUUUGCAGAAUAGCCCGGUCCUCUGCUCAGUAUCAGUCAUGCUCUGCUAAACUGGUCCAGAACCACCAGCAGCUCCUGUCCUCCAGCUGUGUCAGUCAUUGCACAGACUCUGAGACUCCUCUUCUUAUUUCGAAGGUUCCUUCAUAACCAACCACCUCUAUCUCCUUCAUACUUUCACACAUAACUUCUACGGGGUCUUAAGUCAUUGGCUGUGCAGCCCCCCACGUGAUUCCGACUCUCUUCCCACUUUCGAAUCCUGCCCAAAAACCCCCCUCAUAGGAUUGCUCAUUGAUUUUUAUCAUGUAACACGUGCCUUUUAUUGCAGUUUGAUUUUACCCUUAAUACAGAUGAAGGAUUUAAGUAUUAAGUCUUUCACUGUUUUAAUGGUGACUUCCACAUUGCAUUAAGAUUUACUGAAAUUAGUGAUGUACUAUCUCACUUUGACUUCACAUAGAAAUUUCUCUAGGAAGACUAAGAGGCCAGGGUGAAACCUAAAGCUGUUUGCAUUCACACAUGAAGCUCAGGAAGCCUUUUAAGUUUUGUUCAUGUGUUACAGCAUUAAUAAAUGACACCUCCUGGUUUUCUCUCUCAGUAAGGAGAUCCGUGAAGGAGGAAAACAGUUACUGGAGAAGCUGCAGAAGUACAAACCGUUAAUAGCAGCAUUUAAUGGGAAAGGUAGGAGCAUUAAAACACUUCAAACAUUUAUUUAUAAAGCCUUUAGAUAGUUUUAACAGUGUGUGUGUGUUUUUCUCUUUCAGGUAUUUAUGAAAUCUUCUGCAAGGAAACAUUUGGUGUGAAAGCAAAGAAUCUGGAGUUCGGUCUGCAGCCUUACAAAAUCCCAGAAACUGAAACAGUAGGUUGAAAAUUCCCAGAUUUUUCUUUUAAGUUACUCAACAACACAAACAAUAAUCCUCAUGUUUUCUGUUAUCCAGGUGUGCUACUUGAUGCCGUCGUCAAGCCCGCGCUGUGCCCAGUUCCCUCGUGCGCAGGAUAAGGUUCAUUUCUACAUCAAGCUGAAGGAGCUGAGAGACCAAAUGAAGGGCAUCAUUCCCAAACAAGAGGUGGAGGAGAUGAAAUACUCAUUCGACCUCCAGCUGGCUAAAGGUAAACUGUUAGAGUCCCUUUAGCUUUACAGCUCUGCUAAUUUAUUUGGCUAGUUUGAGGUUAAUUUUGCGGCUUGGCACAGGAAACAUUUGAGUUUGCUCAAUCAAACCGGUCAAUAUUCUGUUUCUCUCUGCAGAGGAUGCAAAGAGGAUGGCAAUCAAAGAGGAGCAGAUGGAUCCUGAGUAUGAAAGCUGUGGUCAGCUGCACAACGAGCCGAGUCAAAGCAGCAACUCCUACAGCUAAAAAAGACAGGAGACAUGAAAACAAACAGACCUUUACACUGAAACACAAAGGUAAUGAAGCUGUUGUGUAGAUCUAUUUAAAUUUGGUUGGAUCUAGAUAGAGUUGGACAACAUUGUGUCCUCUCUUGCCCUAAUAUGACAUGAAGCAGUUAAGAAGUCUGAGCGAUGAAUAAACUAACUCUGGAUAAAGUUUUAUGAUGGUUUCUGGAGAUAGUAAUUAAGUUUUAUGACAUGAAAAGCCUCUUCUAGCUGCUCAAUCCCUCUUCUUCUGGCAUCCUUCAGAAAUGAACAUCCAUGAUCCCUGCAGCUGGACGUGUUCACUCCUCAGAAAUCAGCUGCACUGGUAACAGGAUGCGUCAGCGAGGUGACACCACAGAAGAAGAAGAAGAGUCACACAGUUUUCUGAUGCAUCGCACUGUGACGCACAAGGUGGACGUCCUCAAAUCACUUACAUUUUCCAACUCUCGAACAGACUGUGCUUUUGUUUAGGUGUCAUUUUCUAUUAUUAUUUAUUGCAUUUUGUAAGGUUUGUUUGUCCGGUGACUUAUUUUUGUAUUUUUAAAGAAUGAUCUUAUGAUUUAUAAACUGUAUGUAUAAUGAUUGUACUCUGAAAUUUCUAAUUUGUAAUUACAGAGUUAUUAAAUCUCUUCUUAAACUGGCA